CUUUUGGCUCGGUAUGCCCAACCACUCUGCAAAUUGCCCAAUAUCCCUUACGGAGCAAUUCCGAGCCAAUAUUCACAAAGCUUAGAUGCCCCAUACUGACCGCCGUCACUCGUCGGGCGACGCCUCGGCGGCAACCCCGAGCACGAGCGGCGACCCGAGGUCAAUGUCCACAAACACAAUUCGCGUACAUAGAGCUUGCGAUUCCUGCAGAAGACGAAAAGUGCGCUGCGAGGGCUCUCAAAACAACGACGCCGGCGGCAAAUGUCCGUCUUGCAUACAAGGUGGUCAUGAGUGUACGUAUAUGGAAGACAGUCAAAGACCAAAAGGGCCGUCGAAGCGGUAAGCAAAGCGCUUGAAACUCGAGGCAGGUACUGAAUCUUGUACUCGCAGGUAUGUGAUGAUGCUGGAACAGAAGGUCGGCCGUCUCGAAAGCAUACUGCGGCAGCUGUGCCCCUCUCUAGACCUCGAGAGCCAUGUCGGCCCGCGUCUCGAGUCUGAAGGCUUUGUCUACGACACGUACAUUCAAGAUCUUCGUUCGCGCAAUAUCCCUCCCUAUCCGGCUCUCAAGCCACUCUCCCUUCCCACACCUUCGACAUCCCAUGCUCCCUCUCCGGCGCUUUCGAUCUUCAGCAGCAUUCCCCAGAGUGCCCAUGUCAAGGAAGAAAACGACAAAGACAAGCCAUCUCAAGUCGUUCUCAUCGACUCUGUGCGCUGGCUCAAAGUCCUAAACCUCCGCGAAGCUCACUGGAGAUAUCACGGGAAAUCAUCUGGAGCUCACAUCGUCAUGCAGAUCCAGAGUCUCAAGUCGGCCAGGGGAAUCAGGUCUGAUCUCAUCGUCGACAUGGGCCAGAGAAAGAGGGAGGCCUUCUGGGAGACGUCAGAGUGGGAGACGUCUAUCGAGGCCGACGGGACAUCCCCGAUGGACUUCAGCAUAUGGCCAGAGCGGGGACUGGAUCAGCUGUUGAUCAAUACUUAUUUCGACAAGGUAGAUCUAUUCAUGCCGCUCCUGAACAGACUUGUCUUUCAAGAGCAGUAUGAUGCGAAGCUGUGGCGGACGAGUGAAGGCUUUGCAAAGGUCUGCAUGCUGGUCUUUGCCAAUGGAGCUCGAUAUGUCAAGGACCGAAGAGUCUUAUGGGACAGCGCUUCCCCUGGAGAUAAUUCUACUUCCUAUUACUCGGGGGGCUGGAAGUACUUUCGCGCGGUGCUUCGCAUGGGCCGCAACAUCAUGCAGCUCCCUACCCUCUACGACAUCCAAUACCUCGUUCUUGUUUGCGACUUUAUACACGCCAGCUCCUCUCCUCAGCUGAUGACCACCAUCUCCUUCCUAGGGCUUCGGUUCAUCCAAGAGCUAGGGGCCCACAUCUCUGCUGUCCUCGCGCAAUGGGACCCCGUCGAGAGGGCGCUGUACCAUCGAGCUUUCUGGUGUCUGUACCAUAUUGAUAGGUACGGCAGCUCUACAUUGGGCAGGCCCGUUGCGGUGCUCGACUCUGAUUUUGACGUGCCCGAGCUGGCAAACAUCGACGACGAAUACUGGGAAAGAGAGGAUCUCGACGGGGGAGGAAGACAGCCCGAAGGCAAGGUAUCGAGGGUAGCCUUCUUCAUCGAGAUGUCCAAGGUGGAUAGAAUCAUGGGAAAGACGCUCAACAGAAUCUAUGGCAUCAAGAAACCUGCCGAUGUUCACAUGACAAGACGGCAAAUGGUCGAUGAGCUUGAUGCAGAGCUGAGGACAUGGGCAGACAAUGUCCCUCCGCCUCUCCGUUGGGAUCCCAAACGCUCCAACUAUUCCCUUUUGUGCCAGUCGGCCGACAUGUGGGCUCAUGGCCACUAUGCCAGGAUCCUCAUCCAUCGCAACUUUGUACCUGCUCGCCCCAACACCGGGACACUCGAACAACUUUAUUCACUCGCUUCUUGCGUACACGCAGCUUACGCCAUCUGCGCCAUUACCGAUGCUCUGCUUGCUCGCGGCCGGCAAGAAAAAUGUCCCGCUGGUCAUGCGCUGCCUGUAACUGUCAAGAUCCCUUCAUGGUUGUCAGGUAUCAUCCUCCUUCUCAGCCUCUACUCGAUUGAUAUGAGCAAAGAGGAGCUGUACCGCACAAGAGAAGGACUGAAAUCGUGUUUGAGAGCGAGUCAAGAAAUGGAAAAGUUGUGGCAGAAGGCUGGCAAGGUGACAGAUUUCUUGCAGCAGGCCGUAAACGAAGCAGACUUUAUGGUGUCAAGGAUGGCUGAUGAGCCUUCAAAGCCAGAAUCAACCGCGAACGGUGAUCUGGAAUUGUCUUUAUCUAAUCCUGCCCCUCACUCCAGCUCAACGUAUUCUCCUUUCGGGCCAUCUCCAGGGACGAAGACGAGUAAUCCGAUGGAGGCCCAAGAAGGACUGUACAAUUCGUGGCUGCGAAUGAGCACGUUUCAGAGCCAACUGCUUGACAUGAACCUCCCGUCCCGGGGGAGAGAAGAGCAGGAAGAGGGGAUAGGAGAUGAAUGGUGGGCAAAGAUGCUUGAUGAUCACAAUGGACCCGACUUGUUUAAUACUUGGAUAUGAAAACAUGAUUUGCUGUGCAUUCUUCUUGCCUGCUGGCUCUCUUUCCGCAAUUUGUAUCUUCAUCGGUCCGACACCAUGUACUGCUAGAUUGCGUUGCUCUUGAUAGCUUGGGGCGAGUCUGCUGUUCGAGGCCUGAGUCUAAGAGGCUUCUUAUGCACAUUUGAAUAUGGGAUAACCUCGAGUAUCUCGUUGUGCGAGCG